AUGCCUUUAUCUCUUUUUCUUUCUUGCUUCGUGGUGGUGGUUGCGGGCCCAGCUGCUGCUGCUGCUGCUGCUGCUGCUGCUGCUACUGCUGCUGCUGCUGCAGCAGCAAGCGAGGGCACAGCAGCAACUGCUGGUGUUGCUGCCUUCACAGUGGACGGAGAGCCACUAGCAGGAGACACAAAGAUGGGGGAAGCAGCAGCAAGCGGCAUUUUGGUGAAGGCGCCGCGGGCCCCGGGUUUGGAGAGUUUGCUGCUGUCGCUGGACAAGACUUUGCUGUUUUGUUUGUGCUGCGAAAAAGACAAGAAGCAAAACAAAGUUCCAAGAGAAGAAAUGGGCAGCAGCAGCAGCAGCAGCAGCAGCAGCAGCAGCAGCAGCAGCAGCAAAAGAGAAAAAGCCCAAGUCGUCUCUUCUGCUCUCAGCUUUAGGGUUUGCCAAAAAGGGUUUGCAGAGACGGAGUUCGGACUCCCCCCGCACUUAGUGCUCAGAAACGCAGCGCAGCUCAAGGAAAACACCACUUCAGUGGAUUUGCAAAAAGACAAAAAGUUAAUUAACAUUUGCAAACAAGGAGAAGUGCGAGUGGCUGGAGUGCCGCGAGACGCGCCGGGGACUUCGCUGCGUUCAUUCCUCUUGUCUGCUGCUGGCCUGUCUCCUUCUGCGGGUUCUUCUUUUGGCAUUUGUGUCUCUGUGGACAACUCCAAGUGUCUCUUCUUAGACUGGGACGAGCAGCAGCAGCAGCAGCAGCAGCAGCAGGAAGAAGCAGCAGCAGCAGCAGAUAGCAGCAGCAGCAGCAGGGGAGGGGCCCUGGGGCUCACACAACGGCUGCUGCUUGCUGCAGCCCAAGGCAACACCGUUUACGUCUUUAAAUGGCCUGGAGUGCCUUUACCUGUCUCCUCACUGUCUCCUUUGGUGCACCAGCACCUGCACUACUUAGCAGGCCCUUCUGCUGCAGCAGCAGCAGCUGCUGCUGCAGAAGCUGCUGCUGCUGCUGCCCCGUCGUCUCUUGUCUCCCUCACUUUGCCAGCAGCAGCAGCAGCAGGGAGCGAGCAGGGGCCGGGGGGCGCGCGCUCGGGGAGCGCGACGGCCGCAGCAGCGGGCGCAGCAGCAACUGUGGCGGCAGCAGCAGCAGCAGCAGCAGCAGCAGCAGCAGCAGCAGCAGCAGCAGGCAGCAGGCCCUGCGCGAGCCUGCGGCCCGGCAGCGCCGUGGGCGAGCUGCUGCUGGCAGCAAAAGAAACUGGCGGGCUGCUGCUGCUGCUGCAGCAGCAGACUGAGGAGACACCCCAGCUGCAUGCACCCCACACGCAUACACCCCAGCUGCAUGCACCCCACACGCAUACACCCCAAGUGCAUGCACCCCACAAAGACACUUGGGAAGCUCUUCAAAAGGAGACACUGCAGCAGCAGCAGCAGCAGCAGCAGCAGCAGCAGCAAACGGAAAAGGAGACACUUCAGAGAGACAAGCAGCAGCUGCCAAAGGCCUUUUUGUUUCCCCCCGUGACCAUUGGUCUGCCGAGCGGGGGCGAGUUCUCCGUGGUGAAUGUGCCCGCAGCAGCAGAAGCUGGGCUGCUGCUGCAGUUCAUUAGAGAGACUGUGGGGCGCAGCAGCAGCAGCAGCAAAAGGAGACUGGUGAAGCUGCCCACGGGGGUGACCCCACAAGCCCUGGGGCUGGUUGCUGCUACUGGCUGGGAUCCGAUCCCAGAGGAGACGCCUGUGUGGCUGCUGCGCUGCGGCGCAGCAGCAGCAGCAGCAGCAGCAGCAGCAGAAACAGCCGCGGCGGAGGCAGCAGCAGCGGCAGCCCACGCAGCAGCAGAACGCGACCUGCCAGACCCCACAAAAGGGCCCCCGGAAGCAGCAGCAGCCGCAGCAGCAGCAGCAGCAGCAGCAGCAGCAGCACAGACACACAGCAGCAGCAAACUAGUUGAAAGGGCCUGCCGGCACAGAGACACGCCGGUGCUGCUGCAGUUCAAUUCAGGCCUUUGGAAAGCCCCGAAUUUCUGCUGCGCAUGCAGCCGCUGCGGGGCCUCGUGCUGGACUUUGCUGGGGGGGCUGUGA